UAUCCUCUCUCCAAAUCCGCACUCUCAACUCAUGAAGUUUUAGCCAUGGCGCGCUCCAAGGAGCCUUGGUUCGAGUAUUUGCUGCGAAACAAGGCCAUUCGAACAUUCCUCACCAGUUACAAUGAGGCGGAGUGGGAGGAGGUCUGCAAGCUCUGUCUGCUUUAUGGUAUCUUACAUCUGGACCUUAAAGAUGGCCGCGGCGAUGUGGCGAGGCUGCGGGAGCUUGUCGGUGUUGGCCACAGCGGAGCGACGGUCGACAACGCGCUGCCAGGAAUACAGGAGAAAUUGGCAGAGCUGAAGUUCCAGCUUGAUGAAGUGGCUUCUGGACUGCCGCACGGACAGAUGCCUCACGCCGCUCGCGAUGACACUGGGCGAGCGGCUCAGGCGCCCGCGAUUCCCGGGCCCCCGAGGCGCGCGCUUGCGCCGUGGGGAGAGGACCCUGUGGAGCAGCAGCUGCGCCGGCAAGCAGCUGAGACCAAGGUGGCGCUCCGGCAAGCGGAGAGGUUUUUGCGCUACACCAAAGGGUCCGCCAAGUUGGCAAUAGACCCGCAGGACAUGCCGCGCAAGCUGGUCGACAAGGCGGUGGCCGCAGUAGCAGCGGCAAAUGCGGUGGGGCCGGAUGUCCGGCCGCCCUCGGAGUGGCGCACGGGCGACUCGGAGCGCACCUUUACGCCGCCGGGCAAGAAGCGGGGCCCCGUGAUGCCGGGUGCCGGGCUCAUGGGCGCAGAGUACCCGGCCUGGUGGGGUGACGCGGUGGGCUGGGCCAGCGGAGGUGGCGAGGGCGAGCCGCAAUGGGUCCCGGGCCCUCGGUCCCGGUCCGCUCCGCGGCCCGGCCGCCGCGCACCGCGGCUGGCAUACUCGGUACAGGCUGACCAAGACAAGCCGCCGCUGUGGCGAGACGACCUGGUGACAGCCCGCUACCUGGACGUGCCCAGCAGCGGCUAUGGCAGGAAUUCUCCGCCGCGCGUUCCGCAGCAGUACCUGCCGCCGCCGGCUCAGGACCCUGUGUUGGCGCCCGCCUACCUGCAGCAGCAGGGCCCACACGCCUUCGCGCCCCCGGCGCCCGUGGCGCCGCCACCCAUGCCCACGCAGCAGCAGCCACCCUUUGGCGUGCCGCCGCCAGGGCCAUGGGGCGAUGGCGGGGCGUGGGGCAGUGGCGAUGGCUAUGGGCGCGCUGCGUACGGCAGCGAUGCGGGCGUGUACGGGCCGGGCGCUGUGGGGCCACAGCUGUACGCUGUGUACCCGAACCAGGCCUACCCCAACCAGGCUUACGGCUUCGGGCCGGGCUGGAGCAAGCAGGCUCAGCGCCGCUGGGAGGAGGCGGUGUAUGGACGGCCGCCGUGGAAGCCCAUCAAGACGUCUAAGGAGGUGGCACAGUCGCGGAUCCGGGAGAUGGUGCAGGCGGACAAGGCGGCUGCGCGGGCGCAGCGUGCAGCGCGGCAGCGGGCGGCGGAGGCUGCUGCGGCUGGAAGCCCGUGGCAGGCGCCAUCCGCAAACCAGCCCCCGCGCAAAACACCAGAGCGCCCGCGCUCCGCUGGGCCGUCCGAGGUGGCGGAGAGCCUUGCGUCCAACCCCUACACCUCCUGGUUCAUGGAGCCGCGCCAAGACCAGGCCGGGCAGCAGCAGCAGCAGCAGGCGGCUGCUGAGGCAGAGGCGCGGCAGCAGCAGCAACAGGGGCAACGCAUCUCGGCAGCAUGGGGCGCGCCGGCUGGCGGUGCGCCUGCUGUCAUCGCAGUUGACACAAGCGCUGCUGCAAAGCCGCCGACACCGCCGCCGCAGGAUGGCACGGCACGGCCCACAGCCGCGCCUUCCGGUGCGGGGCCGGGCGGCCUGCACCCGUUUGACCUGGGGCCGGCGGCGGCUGAGCUGAAGGCGCGGAGCAGCGGCAGUGAGGCCGGCAGCCACCAGCGGCACCACCACCAGGGCCAGCACUACCAACAUCACCACCGCUUCCCCGACGUGCGCACCCACUCUGAGUGGGAGCUAGGCAACCAUAACUUGCCCAUGCCGCCGCCAGACUCGCCAGACCGCUUCCCAAGCAUACGCAGCCCAGGUGGCACACUGCGCCGCAGCGGGCCACCGCCGCAGGGCCCUGCGCAUCCUGGAGCGCAGUACCCUGGUGUGACGGAGCCGUUGUCGGGGCCAGGGCCGGACGCCUUCGCGCGGGGUCCGGACGGCAGCUGCCCGCCUGCCCGGCGAAUGGCAUGGGGAUCGGACGCACAAGGCCCCAGCUGGCCCGAUGCUGCCCCUUACUCGGCAGCCUGGGAAGACCCGUCACAAUACGGCGGUCAGCAAUGGGAGCGGCAAGGUGUGAACGCUGCCUGGGGCGGUGGCGGCAAUGGCGGCGCAGCCCCCGGUGGCAUGUAUGGCGGCGCCGGCGGCGGCGUGGGCCCGUACCGGUGGGGCGAGCCAGCAGGCAGCAGCUGGUUUGGGGGCGGGGGCGGGGGCGUUAUGGGCGGUGGAGGUGGCGGUGGCGCUUACGGCCCACGCAUCAGCCCACGUGCGGAGGCUCUUCGGACGGUGCGGCCCGAAGUGGUCAAGUGGUCCAAGACAUGGGUGGGCGACUUUGGCCACCUUGAAGAGCCGCGGUUUCCGCCUGGGCGGCUACCAUCUGCCUUUGACAAGCCGCCUUCCCGGCCCGAGCCGUCACAGCGGACCAUGAGCGGCAGCAGCCACCGCACUGCCCCGGCAGCCGAGCAAGUCGCGGCAGCUGGCAGCGCUGCGGCAGAGGCAGCCGCGGCGGCUGCGCCCGUUUUGCCGUCGGGGGGCUGGAUGGACCGCGUCAUGGCGCAGGUCUCAAAGCUGCGCAGCGACCGUGAAGAGGCGGAGGUGGCCAUUGCAAUGGAAGCGGCAUCAGCUUGGCGGCAGGGGGGUGGCGAGGCGGCUGGUGAGGAACUGGCAUCGGGACCGCGCGGGGAGUUGAAGCGUGACCAGAGUUGUCGGCAGUUGCCAAGAAGUCGUGCAGUGGAGCUGGGCGGCUAGAUUGGCUGUUGUAUAGAGACGGCGUUCUGUAUUUGAUGCGUGGUCGAACAUGAGUAAGCCAUGAUGGGCCCAGUUGGUGCUGAGGACUGGGGGGGGGGGGGUUAGGAAACAAAGUGCCAGACCCCAUGCCCCGAAAUCCCCCGGGACCCCCCUUGAGGGGACGACCGACCCCCCCACGGACAAAACCUUGUUGUUUAGGGUUAAAACCCCUCCAUUUAAUACCAAAGUGGUGCCAAUCGACUCCUCUUGACGAGCACUAUCACGCUGUGCCAUCAGCGGUCCUGUUCUGAGACUUCGGUCACACGCGGGAUCCUAUCCGUUGAAAUCCUCUCGACCCAGCCCACACCGCGCUCAACUCUCUGCCAUGUGACGGUUGGACAGUGUGCAUCGGCAGCCUUGUGAGACGUAAAUUCAUGCGCACCAGCGCUAGAGAGCCCAGCCGUGGCAGUGCGCAUGCGUCGAAUGUGGGGACAUGUGCCGAUACGGUAUGUCCACGCCCGGACGCGCAACUUAGCCUUUCCACGCUUUGUUUGUGCUUAUUACGGCAUCACAUGCACAUACGAGCCUCAUACUGCUGCGUUUGGCCUCUGGUUCUGCUUGUGGGGCGGUUCCCGAAAUCCGCCAGGAUGGGCUCCCGAAACCCGGCGGACCCCCAGGGACGACGACCGACCCCCCAACUUUGGCGGCCAAGAACUUCCUCACCAGACACCCCCUUAAAGAACUAAAAGCACGUGCAUAAUGCUCUCCUAAAGCUCUGUAAUAAUUGAUCAUGGGGUAAGAACCUGAGCUUUCUACCCCCCCCUGGGAGCGCUUCCCGAAAUCCGUUAGGAUGGGCCCCCGAAACCCGGCGGACCCCCAAGGACGACGACCGACCCCCCCUUGAGCGGCCCAGAACUUCCUCAGACCAACUCUAACAGAAUUAAAGGGACACGCGUAAGGCUCUCCUAAAAGCUCUAUGAUUUUGAGCACGGGGUAAGAACGUUGAGGAUAUGAUUACAGACACAGCGGCCUUUUCAUCUUCUCCUGGUCUCGGGGGGGGGGGGGGGGGGGGGGUUUUAAAAGGGCCCCC